GAAAGAGGAAGGAUAAGAUGCGGUUCAAGAUGGGAAGCGUCCUGCUGUCUCUUCUUUUCUGGUACAAAGCUGUGCUGGCCCUCUCCCCAGGAGAGGAUGAGAGGCUGGAGCUGUGGCACAGCAAGGCUUGCAAAUGCAAUUGCCAAGGAGGUCCUAACUCGGUGUGGUCCAGCGGGACUAACACCUUAGAGUGCAUGCCAGAGUGCCCCUACCACAAGCCCCUGGGCUUCGAGUCCGGCGCUGUCACCCCCGACCAGAUAAGCUGCUCCAACUCUGAGCAGUACACGGGCUGGUACUCCUCCUGGACAGCCAACAAGGCUCGCCUCAACGGCCAAGGAUUCGGGUGCGCCUGGCUCUCCAAGUACCAGGACAACGGGCAGUGGCUGCAGAUCGACCUGAAGGAGGUGAAGGUGAUCUCAGGGGUCCUCACGCAAGGGCGCUGCGAUGCCGACGAGUGGAUGACCAAGUACAGCGUGCAGUACCGCACCGACGAAAACCUCAACUGGGUGUACUACAAGGAUCAGACUGGGAACAACCGGGUUUUCUACGGCAACUCGGACCGC